AUGGUCCUUUUCUUAAGCUGGAGGCCGCCGUCGCCGCAGCGGCAGAAAGCCUGCGUCGACGCCAGCGGUGGCGCCUUCAACUACGACGCCCACUACCGCGGCGCCUCCGAAGGGGCAGCGUCGGACGAAGCGGAGGCCGCCCUCGCGAGGGGCGGCUUCCACGUCAACCGGGCGCGCGUCCUCCUGGGCUCCGGUGCCGACACCUUCCGCCGCGCCAAGAGCGCGCUCUGCGCUUGGAGGUCCGAUAGAAUCACCAGCCCCUCUUCUUUUUCAUCCUCCUUUCUGUCUGCCUUCGUUAUUUUCCCCUUUUCUUCGUCUGCAAUUCUAUCAUUUUCUUUCUCUCUCUUCUUCAUCAUCCCUUCUGUCCUCGUUAUUUGCCCUUUUCUUCGUCUGCAAUUCUAUCUUCUUCUUCGUCCUCCCUUCUGUCUUCGUUCUUUGCCACUUUCUUCAUCUGCAGUUCCUUCUUACUCUACAGGCACUUCCGUCUCGGGUGGGCCUUCGUGGAGGAGGAGACGCCAGUAGAGAAGGGCACCAAGUUCUGCGUCUGCGUGAAGGAGAUCCUUCCGUGGAUGGCGAUGCCGCUGCAGAUCGCCUACGUUGCCGACGCCUCCAGCGGCGGCGAGUCCGCCGGGUUGGCCAGCGGAACAGGAGAGCUCCGCCGCCCAUCUGGCAACUCCAAGGCCUCCUUCAGCUUCGGCAGCGGCACCCUCCGCGGCCACUUGCUGGUAUUCGGCUCCUCCCCACCUCACAUCAAACGAAUCACAGAGCGGUGAAGGUCUGAUUAGUGAGCUCCUACUAUGAGCCGAGACUCUGAUUUUGGGGAGGCAAUGGGUAAUCCUGCGAGAUUAUGAGCCAAAUCUCUCAAGGAUCGGUCGAUCAGUCGCGAUUGCUCUAGUUCGAUGAGCAGCCUGCCAAGAAAAACCCCAUUUUUUCUUGUUCUGGCAGGGCCUCGCCCUACUCUCCUCCAUUCACAUGGAUCCAAGCUCUCGGCAUUAAAAUACUAUUUGAUCCCAAUUAAUCGCAGAUGAAGAACAAGAACUAAGAAGAGGAUAUUGAGGAUGAUCAUGGCAGCGCCAAAGCAUAAAUUCUUCCUAGUCUUCCUUCUCCCCUUUUAAGUGCCAUCUCUUCAAACUAAAGAUCCGAUAUUUUAAAAAAACCCCGCUCUAUUCAAUUUAUUCUGCUAUAUUUUCCUCCUUGUGGGCUCUCUACAGUUUGAGUGGCCAAAACCUAACCUUUUCCCCAUGUAUGAUUGAUGCAGGCCGGAGAAGAACGGUUCUCGGUAGAGUGGGACGACAAUGACCAGGUCUUCUACGAGAUCUUCUCCUUCUCAAAACCAGCUCACAUGCUCUCAGCAAUUGGGUACCCCUAUGUACGGCUCAGGCAGAAGCACUUUGCUCAGGAGUCUGGACGAGCGAUCCUGAAGCACCUGGCCAGUGAGAAGCCAACCGAAUGA